AUGGAAGGCUCGAUUGAAAACUGCUCGACCACGAACGGCUCGACAGAUUCUCUUGAGUACGAUGUACACAAGCAAUGGCCGACCCCUCACGCCCAGCAGGCCGUAAAGACGUGGUCCCGUCUGAAUAAGUUGCUUACACAGCGUUUGGUGCAGAUCGAUGGCGAAUCCCUCGAUAUCGCCACGGUUAUUGCCCUUGCCAGAUAUGGCUGCCAUCUGGGCCUUACGACAAACCCAGGUCUGCGUGUUCGUAUCGAAAGCAGCGUAAACACGUUACAGACUUAUCUUUCAAACGGAUACUACCUCUAUGGUGUCAAUACAGGCUUUGGUGGUAGUGCCGACACUCGAACCCAAGAUCUGUUCGGUCUCCAGAGAGCAUUGAUGCAACACACCCAGAGCGCCGUUCUUACCGGAGUGGACACUCAAAGUGGUUCCGGCCAUCAUGAAUACCUUGAGUCGCACAGCAUGCCAAGCAUGUGGACUCGGGCCAUGAUGCUUAUUCGUUGCAAUGCCAACAUCCGUGGUCACUCUGCCAUGACUCAUGAUGUGGUAGACACGAUCAUGCAGCUCCUCAACCACGACAUCGUGCCCGUCGUUCCCCUUCGAGGCUCGAUAUCCGCAUCUGGAGAUCUGAUGCCUCUGUCAUACGUUGCGGGUGCUAUUCAGGGAAAUCCCGACAUUUUUGUUCGUGUUGGUGGCAUGAGUGGCACAGCAAAGAUCAUGACCGCCGAACAAGCUUUGAGUGAAGCAUCAAUAAAACCAAUAGUACUCGGACCUAAAGAGGGACUUUCACUAAUCAAUGGCACCGCAGCUGCAGCUGCCGUUGCCACACUGGCUCUUUACGAGGCUGAUCAGCUUGCCAUUGCUGCUCAGCUACUCACUGCCUUGUCCUCCGAAGCAUUGUUUGCCAACAACGAGUGGGCUCAUCCUUUCAUCGCUGCGGUCAGACCCCAUGUCGGUCAGAUCGAGGCCGCUCAGAACAUUCGCAAUUUUCUCCAUGGCUCACGCAUGAUGUACGGACUGGAGCAGACUAAAGAUCGGUUCAAGGCAGGUUUGGCUCAGGAACGUUAUGCCCUGAGAAGCUCGCCCCAAUGGCUUUCCCCCCAAUUGGAAGACUUAACAAGUGCUGGAGCUCAACUGAACGUCGAGUUAAACUCCACUUCGGAUAAUCCCGUGGUCAAUGUCGCCGACAAUGACAUCCACUGUGGCGCAAAUUUCCAGGCUGCAGCAGUAACUUCUGCUACCGAGAAAACGCGCCUCGCCCUGCAGUCCAUCGGCAAGAUGCUCUUCAGUCAGACUAGCGAGAUGAUCAACCACGAUUUGAGCAACGGCCUGCCACCCAACCUUGCCGCUGAUGACCCAAGUCUUUCGUUCUGCCUGAAAGGCAUUGAUGUCAACACUGCUGCCUACGUUUCGGAGCUAGGCCAUCUAGCUAAUCCUGUUAGCAAUCACGUGCAGUCCGCCGAGAUGCACAACCAGGCGAUCAACUCACUUGGCCUUUUAUCCGCCAGGAAGACCAUGGAAUCCGUUGAAGUGUUGUCGCUCAUCGUUGCAAACUGCCUCUAUACUGGCUGCCAGGGCGUGGAUCUGAGAACACUACACCGGACUUUCUUGAUGAAAGCAGAAGAACCAGCCAGACAGAUGCUUGGAGCCUUGCUCUCGGCCGAAGACGGUUCCGAGGAUUUCUUCCCACAGUUCUGGAAGACGUUUGAAGCUGCAUGGUAUCACUCGUGUACUCUGGACGCUGCCGAGCGCUGUGAGCGAUCUACAGAAGCUCUACUUACUGCGAUCGUGCUGGGGGUCACUAUCACUGGCGACAUCAAGGUCAAGGCCAUCGCUGAUUGCCAUCAAACCUUUAGUGACUACGUUUUGCAAUUGUACUUGAGCCACAGAGACGGAUUCUUCCAGCAUCAGAUCACUCCCAAUUACCUGGGCAAGGGCACGAAAAUGGCUUAUCUCUUUGUGCGCGAGCACUUGGGUGUACCGUUCCAUCGUGGACUGAUUGAACACCCUGUGGCCAAUUCCCCAUGUGGUAAUAUGCUUGACGGGCGACCGAAGAAGACGAUUGGAUCUUGGGUGUCAAAGAUUUAUGAAGCUGUCCGGGACGGUUCCUUCUACUCAGAAGUUCUUCGCUUCCUUGAUGCGAAGUAA